UCGGCCCACCGAUUUAACGUUAGUUUACACAUGGGCCGCAAACUCGUCACCUAAUGGUAGGAGAGAAACAUCGGAACUGACUCUCUUAAGCAUUUAAUUGCCAUUAUGUUGAAAUCCAAAACGUUUGUGAAGAAGACUCGGGCGGGCGGGGUGAUGAAGAUAGUGCGGGAGCAUUACCUGAGAGAUGAUAUUUGGUGCGGAAGCGACAUCUGCGCUGAGUGCAAACAGGAGUCCGCGGUGCUGCAGAGGGACUCGUCCAUCGAGAGCAACCUGUGCUCAUAUCCACAUUACGUGAUUCCCGACACUAAUGUUGUGCUUCACCAGAUUGACGUGUUGGAGAACCCUGUGAUCCGUAACGUGAUAAUCCUUCAGACUGUGCUGCAGGAGGUACGCCAUCGCAGCGCCCCGGUCUACAAACGCCUGAAGGACAUCAUACACGAGAAUGAGAAACACUUCUACACCUUUACCAACGAACACCACAGAGAGACAUUCGUUGAACGCGAACCCGGGGAGAGCGCCAAUGACCGCAACGACCGCGCGAUCCGCGUCGCCGCAAAAUGGUACAGCCAGCACCUGGAGAAGAGCCGGGCCGAGGCCGACGGAUUCAGGGUGGUCCUCCUCACCAACGACCAAGGGAACAAACAGAAGGCGGAGGAGAGCGGCCUGCUGGUGUACAAAUGUGAGGAGUACAUCAAGAGUCUGAUAGCGAACCCCGAGCUGGUGGAUUGUCUGGCUUUGUCCAACGAUGACAAGAAUGAUAUCACAAGCAGCAAGGUGAUAUUCCCGGAGCACCUCCCCCUCUCAAGGAUCCAAGCAGGAAUUAAGAGUGGCACUUUCCUCCAGGGCACCUUCAGGGCCAGCAGGGACAACUAUCUGGAGGCCAGCGUCUUUGUUCAGGGAGAGGGGGACGACGGCACAGAGGUUCUCAUCCAAGGUCUUCAGAACCUCAACAGAGCUGUGUACCAAGAUUUGGUAUCUGUACAGUUGUUGCCCCGCAAUCAGUGGGUGGCGCCCUCCUCAAUCGUGCUGCAGGACGAAGGCGCGGCAAAGGACGAUAAUGAGGAGGACAAAGAGGAGGAGGAGAAAUCAUUGAGGAUGUCAGCAGCUGAAUCCGCCAGGAAGCCCACAGGCAAAGUGGUGGGAAUCAUCAAAAGGAACUGGCGGCCGUACUGCGGCAUGCUCAAUGUCUCCCAAAUCAAAGAGUCUACCCGACAUCUUUUCACCCCCGCGGACCGGCGUAUCCCACGCAUCCGCAUUGAAACGCGUCAGGCAUCCACGCUGGCGGGCCAGAGGAUCAUGGUGGCCAUGGACGGCUGGCCGAAACACUCCAGAUAUCCCAAUGGCCACUUCGUGCGCAGCCUGGGAAGUGCAGGGGACAAGGAAACGGAGCAGGAGGUGCUGCUGCUGGAGCACGACGUCCCCCACCAGGCCUUCUCUCAGGCUGUGCUCAGUUUCCUUCCCAAGAUGCCCUGGGUCAUCACACCAGAGGAAUUGGCCAGGAGAGAGGACCUGAGGCAUCUGACGGUGUGCAGUGUGGACCCUCCCGGAUGUACAGACAUAGAUGACGCCCUGCACUGCAGAGACCUGGACAACGGAAACCUCGAGGUGGGCGUGCACAUCGCUGAUGUCAGUCACUUCAUCAGACCUGGCAACGCUAUGGACAUGGAGGCUGCGAACCGUGGCACCACUGUCUACUUGUGUGGCAAAAGGAUAGACAUGGUUCCUGAGCUGCUCAGCUCCAAUCUCUGUUCUCUACGCUCCAAUGUGGAAAGGCUGGCUUUCUCAUGCAUCUGGGAGAUGAACCAUGAGGCCGAAAUUAUUAAAACCCGGUUCACAAAAAGUGUCAUUAACUCCAAGGCGUCUUUGACGUACGCUGAGGCCCAGAUGAUGAUUGACACCACCAAGAACGACGACGUCACCAAGAGCCUCCGAGGUCUCAACAAACUGGCCAAAAUUCUAAAGAAGCAGAGGAUACAGAAAGGGGCGCUGACGCUGUCGUCCUUGGAGGUCCGAUUCCACAUCGACAGUGAAACCCACGACCCCAUCGACCUCCAGACCAAAGAACUCAUGGAGACAAACUCUAUGGUCGAGGAGUUCAUGUUGCUGGCCAAUAUUUCCGUGGCCCAGAAGAUUUUUGAUGAAUUUCCAGACUGUGCUUUGCUGAGGAAGCAUCCGGCACCGCCUCCAUCCAACUACGACAUCCUGCUCAAAGCUUCCAAGUCCAAGGGCGUAGAGAUCCACACGGACUCGGCCAAGGCGCUGGCGGACUCCCUCGACGUGGCCAGAGUGGACGGCUUCCCGUACUUCAACACGCUACUGCGCAUCUUGGCCACUCGCUGCAUGAUGCAGGCGGUCUAUUUUUGUUCUGGCAUGGACAGCGAUUUCCUGCACUACGGCCUUGCUUCACCCAUUUACACCCACUUCACGUCACCUAUUAGGAGGUACGCAGACAUCAUCGUUCACCGCCUGCUGGCAGUGGCCGUCGGAGCAGACACUACCUACCCGGACCUGAUGGACAAACAAAAGCAGUCGGCCCUCUCCAGCAACCUCAACUACAGACACAAAAUGUCUCAGUAUGCACAGAGGGCAUCGGUGGCCUUCCACACACAGUUGUUCUUCAAGAGCAGAGGCAUACUGAACGAAGACGGGUUUGUGCUGUUUGUGAGGAAGAACGCAAUCAUCGUACUCAUCCCGAAGUUUGGCCUGGAGGGAACGGUGUUCUUUGAUGCCAAGGACAAGGCGGGCCCAACCCUUGUUUUUGAUGAAGAGGGUCCCACUCUAAAGGUUGAGCAGCACACCUUCCGCAUGUUUGACAAGGUGAAGGUCACCAUCAGCCUGGACGCCUCCAACAUUCAGCACCAGAAGAUCCGCAUGUCUCUGAUUGAGCCUGUGAUUGCUGGUGUGAGUGUUCCAGGCCCAGAUGUUGAACCACAGGCCAAGAAACCAAAACUAGACCGUUGAGGUAGAGAACAGAGCAGCAAUUUACUCAAACCGCCAGCUCAGCAAGUCUAAAUGAGUUAAUGGAUACAUUUUGAACAACUGUCCCGUUUCAAUACAUCACUCUGCUCGUUACAUGAUGGUGAAACUUGUCAAUGAUGCCGAUCAUUAAAGUGUUCUUUUUACCCGUUAA